CACAGUGACGUAGCUACAUGGAAUUCGUUGAAAUGACUGGGGUGGGUGAGUUUCGAAAGAUUGCCGCUAGGAGGCGAGCAGAUCGGACAGUCACCGGGAUCGGGCCGAUCGGGCGACUUACGCUGAGUUUUACCGUUUACCACAUGUUGAUUAAUUAAAGACGAGUGCACAAUCGCGGCUGGAAUCAGUGAUCGAGGCUCUUAUCGCGCGGCUUGCCAUUUCGUCGACGCGGAAAUCCUUAUGGGCAACUAGCACUAAGCCGAGAAGUUACGUCACGCGCGACACGGAGCUAUCGUCUUUCGUGCGAGCUCGUGUUCCACUGUGCGUCCUCCCUGAAACCGUAUUUUAGUAGUUAUUCACAUCUUACUAUAAUUGCAUCUUGAGGAUCUCUCCUUGUACCGCCCUUGUUGUUGUCCACCUCAUAUUGGUCGUCGCACACGCUUCUCUAGCCUGUUUAUAACCUAAAAUACAUUUGCGCCCGUUUGCCAAUUCUGAGCCACGGCAUCUCUUGUCAACCUCUUUGGCUUAAGGACUCCGCGACUCGACCUUUAACCUCUACGGGCGAAAGUCGUCUGAAAUUCAUUCUUUGAGCUUCCCAACGUCAUCCCUUGACCAACCGCUGUAUUCUCUUAGCAGAGUAUUUUUUAGCGUGAGGUGUCACAGAGAAAUUAGCCAAAAUUCCGGUCCCCACUAGGAAACGAGAAGGCGCCCAGCAAACCGGCGGCAAAAAUCCACCGACCACUGACGAAGAAUCGUCGUCGGCUGGAAAAAUGAACAGUAAAAGGAAAAAUCGUACUAAUCCCACCAGAUCACCAAGGCCUAGGGGGCCUCAAGAAAGGUGCGUGGUUGCAGAAGGGGUAUACAACAAUGCUCAUUUCAUGCAUGCAAUAACCAGCCAUGUUGGUAUUAUAGUUCAGAUUCAAACUCAAAACGGUUCAGUGUACGAGGGAGUGUUUCGUACAUUUUCCAGUCAAUUUGAUGUAGUUCUGGAAAUGGCUCAUCGCGUUGACAGUUCUGGUAAAAUUUGCGUCGACAGUGUUGUGGAGAAGUUGAUCUUUAAGCCCCAGGAUAUUAUCACAAUGUCUGCCAGGGAUGUAGAUUUGGAUUAUGCUAUCAGAGACACUUUCCAAACUGACACAGCUAUUAGUAAAUUUAAUGGUAUGGUUGGUGAAAAAGAGCUGGAACCUUGGCAGAGUGAAUCUACUAUGAAUGGUGAUGACAUGGAAUUAGAUGUUACUGCAAAUGGCUGGGGUGUGGAUGAAAUGUUCCGUACGAAUAAGCAAUUCGGGGUACAGUCUACGUUUGAACCUUCAUUGCUUCAAUACACGGUACCGCUCCAACGCAAAGACACAAAGGAUUACAAGGAUCAGGAAUUAAAAGCUAGCGAAAUAGCUAGUGAGAUAGAGUCUCAGCCGAAUUACAAGGCACGAUUGGAUCUGGAAAACGGCGACGAAGAAGAGAAGUUCGCCGCGGUGGUGAGGCCCAAUGAAGGUAAAUACGUUCCGCCUGCUAAAAGGAAAAGCAGCAAUGCCGGAAAGUUGAUGCGAUCAACGCCACCACCACCAUCACCAGGGCCUACUACUAGUAAAAAUGUCUUCAACCAGCCACCACCAUCCGCAAUCAACGUAAGCGUCGCCCAGUCUACUAACAUUCCAGUGGGAAUGCAAACUGCACACCCAUCCGUACAACAUCCAGUACCUCUCAACAUGGGAAUGUCACCCAGUGGAAUAGUUGUUGCUUACAGCACCCCGCCACCUUUUGUACCGCCUCCAACGACACAACCACCGCCACCGGUGGCCGCAGUACCUGUGAUACAGCAGGCGCAACAACAACCUCAAGUAGCACCGUCGAUUCCCCAAGUGGCCUUCUCGCCACAGCAGCAACAGCAACAACAACAGCCACCUAGUAAAUUAAAUGCCGAGAAACGAGAGCGACCUGGGAGACAACAAGUGUAUCAAGCAGACAAGGCUCCACCAGCCCCAUUUCCUCCGGCGAACUUGACAACCUCACAUCAGUCACAGCAGCCGUCGCCUCAUCAACAGCAUCCACCGUUGCAGCAACAGAAUUCCGUCGACGGUCAACGAUGUGAGAUACCACCACUGAAAUCGGAACACAGAAAGGUAUCAACCCCGCGUGGAAGAGACGAACAACACUCGGAACUGAGGCAGUUUGCAACAGACUUCAAAUUGAUUGACACACAAUCCCAGGAUACGCCUCCUCUGAGUCGAAAACAACAACAUCAACAGGAUUCUCAUCAGCAACAACAGAUUCCUCAACCACACCAUCAGCAAGCACAUUCUCAAGCUACACAUACACAACAUCAGUCUCCACAACCGCAGCAGCAACAACAUAAUCAACAACAGCAGCAGCAGCAGCAGCAACAACAACAACCGCCGCCGCCGCCGCACCAGACAACCCAUCAGCAACAACAGCAACAUCAAAGCAAUCAUCAACCACCACCGGAGGAACAGGUUCCAGUUACCGCCAAGCCACCACCGGGACCACAACCCGUUCGACCUGCAAGUCCGCUACAGCAACAACAGCAUCAGAUUCAACAGCAAACCACACCUCCGAUGCAGCAAACGCAGCAGGAACCAGCCGUAGAAAAAAUCACUACUGCCUUCAAGAAAUCUACACUGAAUCCCAACGCUAAGGAGUUCAACCCCAAUGCCAAACCAUUCACACCGCGUUCCCCAAGUACACCAACUCCUAGUAGACCUCACACUCCGCAGACGCCACAGUAUACAAGUGCAACAAUGCCAACGACAGUUGUAAUGCCAACUGCCUACGUAAUGACCAGUCAGCCACCUACUGCAUUCACUCAACCUCCUGCCCAACCGGUCACGAGGUUCCGGAAGGGUCAGUAUCUAGGUAUCAAACGAGUCCAGCAAUCAUUGUCUUCUUAUACUUCCGCAACGAACAAUCCCAUUCCUAUGAUGCAGCAUCGCGCUCCAGAUCUUGCUUCCCAAAUGCAAGUCGCAGCAGCUACAGGUCAGCCAUUGCUGGCACCAGCACCACUUCAUCCAUCACCCUUUCAGGUGCCUUAUCCAGGCCAGCCUACGGCGUACCAGCAGAUGGUGCGUAUGGUGCAGGCACCACCCCCGCCACCUCAUAUGACUACGCCGUAUCACCAUCAUCACGAGUCGCCCGGGCCUCAAGCACCAGGAAUUCAGUACAUGGGACCCCACGCUCAUCCACAUCCUCAUGUGACUCAACAGCCCCCCAGCCAGACGCCGUCUCCUGCCAAUCCGAAUCCACCGCACACUCCUGGCGCCUACAAUCCACCAGGAACACCGCAGCCGGCAUAUCCACAGCCACCACCACAGAGCCAUGCACCAGGCUACCCCGUGAUGUGUCCGAUUAUUCCGCCACACAUGAUACCGCCUCAGCACAUGCAGUAUCUACCACCGCAACCUCCACCAGGUGCUCAGCAGACCAUACCUGUCAUUCUACCGCACAAUCAGUAGUAGCCAAUAGGCGCGUCAAGGCAGAGAGGUUUAUCCUUAUUCCGAGGAAUUAUAAAGAGAAAUUUUAAAUUUAAAGUCGCUUUCACGAUGGCACGGAGCUUCUCUGAGGACUGACGAGCGAACGUGCUGCGGCCUGGACUCUGUCCGGUCUCAUGGGGUCAUGCCAUUAACGAGACCAGGAAUCUCCUUGAAUCCAGUUAUGUUUUCUCGUUCUUUCUACCUUCUCUAUUUUCUCGUUCAUUUCGUAGAUGUCGCUUUAAAAAUUAUUUUUUUGUCUCAACCUUGAAUGCCAACUUAUUAUUGUUUAUCGUUCAUGAAGGCCCAAACACUUCGAGGAAGUAUGAGUAGCCUUAGCUAUCGCGUUGAGGAGCCAACUGUAUUGUGAAGGGAACUUGUUUACAUGUGCAAAUCUAUAAAGAUCACAAUGGUGAUUCACGUUACAAGAUUACAGUUCCCGGAAGACUAUUUACGAUUACUUGUUGCUUGCGUUGAUAUUGCAAUACAUUUUCACAGGGCAAACUUUCUUUUUAAUAUCACCGUAUCGCGAAACGACAUUUUAUAUGAAAAAUUCUGUCUAUUAACGCGAUAUUUAACAACAAAAUGAUAGCUAAGAAUACCAGUGUUAAUGCCUCGUGAGCGCAUGAUUCCAACAGAUCAUGUCCGAUCAGUAGCACGAUAGCGACCAUAUAUAUAAUACGUUUUGCGAAAACGUUUUAUCACGAAAAACAUUAAGAAGCGUCAUUUUGAAGCUGGCUUGUCAAAAAGAAAAUACGAUAUAAAAUAGAAUUUUUUCUUAAUAUACAAUUUGUGGACAAACGAUACAUGAGAUCUGCAACAUGAAAAUGUAAUACUGCUCUUAGUGCGGCACCGAAUGAAAGACGAAAAAAAAGUUAAGGCAUCAUGAAAAUCUCUUUGUUCAAACAGUGCGUUUCCAAUAGAAGAUAGAAUUACAUGGAUUAUGUCGAAUUCCUUCAAGAUUCGUUUUCAUAUCUUUGAACACGAGUGAACAAUGAAAGAUAACUGUAUUAGGAAGUCUGUUAAAGAAAUGGUAACUGCAAAAAGACUUGACAUGAACUUUCUUUACCAGGAAAAAGGAAAGAAUGCAAAGAAAAAGAUCGUUCGAUAUUAAAAAUCUCACAGAGAAAGAAAGCGCUGGCUGCCUUGACAUCACGAGGAUUCGUUUGACGGAUCGUAGAGAAAGUUUUUUCAAUCGUGAAAAUACUUAAUCUUUUGCUUUUUCUUUUGAAAGAGAAGAUGUACAGUUAAGAGUCUAAAGAUCGAGAGUGAUAUUUUUCUGCAGAAUGAGAGAGAAAAAAAGAGAGAGAGUUCUUUUGGCAACAUCAAGAGCCAUUAAUGGUUGAUGAUUGUCGAAUCUUAGCACGAUAUACAGGAAGCCUAAGGGAGGCCGGAAGCGAUAUCAAGAUAUACUAUUAUGUAUUAUAACGCAGCCUAACUGAUCGAAAACGAAUUCACGCUAUUCAACCGCAAAAUAUUAUAGACAGCUAAUAGACUAUGGGAUAGAAUGGUGGCUCACGACGUAGAGAGAAACGUAAAAAGGAAUACGAUAUAAGAUAAGUCCAAAAUUGAGAAUGAACGUAUGAAAGGCUCUUAUGGCUCUUAUAGUUGUUGGUUAACAUUUUUUUUCAACUAAAAUCCAACAGGAUGUAUUUUUGCGAAGAAAAUAGGUCGUGGAAUGAACUAUACAGGAUACAGUGAGCAAGUCAUAAUUGGCGAUGGGUUUUGCUGCAAAGAAUUUGAAAAAGGCGAAUAUAUUCGAAGAAAUAGAAUAACAAGAGAAAAUUACGCGUCGCGACAUAACGGAAGUGCGACGGGCUUCCAUGAAUGUCGAUGAUUCGAGAAGAGAGAGAAAUAUCGAAGAAAGAAAUAAAAAAGAGGAAACAAACUCGAGAGUUACGCAUCUAAUUUAGAUAGUAAGGGCUCGGACUGCCGGUAUAAAACGAUUUUAAUAAGACCGUGUGUUCUUAGCUAGGACGAUAAGACUAAACUAGGAUCUAUGGUUACGAAUCUAUUUCCAGUGUCUGAUUAGUUCACGCUUAAGGGACUUCAAUUAAUAAACUCCUUAAUGACGCGAAAUAAUUAAUGGGGAAUCUUUUCUCUUUCUGUGAACGGUUAAAUAUUUUCUCUAUCCCUCGUGGAAGCCCUUGCGCGUGAACAGUUAAAUCACAAAGAUAAAACGUGACGCACGACUACGAUUCUACACAACGCGAGUUUGAAAAUGAAUUUCAUGAAUUUUGAGUACCAUAAAACGCAUACUUGAAUAUUCCUGUGCUAGAACACAGUGAAUAUACUGAUGUGCGUUGAUACAUUUGCAUCGCACUCUAACACUUGAAGUACAAUUAAAACUGAAAGGUUCUGAGGGCUUAGUAGUCUUCACUAGAUUCCUCUACACUCUUAACUAUCUCUAUUAUUAAAUAACUAUUAAGUUUUACGUAUUUUAUGUUAAAGGUGCCGGUCAUUUCUUGUUUCUUUUUUUGUUGUAAUAUCGAAUCACAAAAUUUGCAUUCAAGUACCGAGAAAUUGUCAUGAAAAUGAGAAAGCGACUGUGCAAUGUCAUUAAGUGAAAAAUUACGUUAAGUGUGUACUGGUAGCUAGUUUUAUCUCUAUGAACAAUUGUACAUUCACUGUCAAAGAUUCAAGGCUUUUGCAUUGCUCUUGAUAUGUUAAUGGAUAGAAUUUUUAUAAUAAACGGACGAACGGAUGUUCUAAUUGUACUUUAAGAUGUGUGCGCUCUAUCUAUGCUUUAGGUAUCUCUUAACGCAGCCAAGCACCCACGUUAUAUCAAUGCGAAGUGAAUAUUAACAGCUAUACCUAUGACCUUAGACCUAGUCGUGUACAUAGGACGGACAAACGGACAGAAUAACGAUCCUUGUUUAGACUGAGAGAGGAAGAGAGCGAGAAAAUGGUUCGCUGCGUGGCAUCGUUAGAUACAAAUUUUAUAUCGAAGAGAUAGAAGAAAAACGAUCAUCAAAAUAAAAUGAAUAAAUUAAAAAAUUAA